AUGGCGGACGGCGAAGUAGGUGAUUUGUCGGCUGAUCAGACGGAAAAGUUGUUACAGUUCCAGGAUUUAACAGGAAUAGAGGAUAUUCAAAGAUGUCGGGAAAUAUUACAGAGACAUAACUGGGACAUUGAGGUGGCUGUACAGGACACGUUCAAUGAGAGAGAGGGAGCCCCUUCAGUGUUUACCCCACCCCAGCGACAGGACCCUCGCCUCCCACCCAUGAAUCUUCAGCCCUCAGACCAAAGAGUAUUCACAAUACAGGGACGCAGGCCUGAGGGUUUUUUCCAGUGGAGCUACUUCCUCCUCCUCCUUCCAUUUAGAUUUUUAUAUAGUACAAUAGCUGAUAUAUUUAGAUUUGCAUAUCGUUUAGUUAGACCAGAUCCUAGAAGAAUUGUCACAGACCCUGUAGGAGAUGUAGUGUCGUUUAUUCACGUGUUUGAGGAGCAGUUUGGAACAGCUCACCCCACCUUUUAUCAGGGAACAUAUAGUCAGGCAUUAAAUGAUGCUAAGCGAGAGCUGCGGUUUCUCUGUGUCUAUCUCCAUGGAGAUGACCAUCAGGAUACCCCAACUUUCUGCAGGGAAACCCUGGGGAGCACAGAAGUAAUAGAUUUCAUCAAUAGCACAAUGUUAUUUUGGGCCUGUAAUGUCAACAGUCCUGAGGGGUACAGAGUGUCACAAGCCCUCAAGGAAUAUACCUACCCGUUUAUAGCUUUGAUUGUCCUUCGUGACAACAAAAUGACUGUUGUCUUGAGGAUAGAGGGGCCAAUCAGUGGCCCUGACCUGAUAGGUCGUCUGACCCGGGUCAUGGAGGAUAACGAGCCGUCGUUAGUGGCUGCUAGAGCCGACAGAGAUGAGAGAACAUUUAACCAGACACUCAGACAGCAGCAAGAUGAAGCCUACAGGGAGUCUCUAAGGGCAGAUCAGGAAAAGGAAAGAAAAAAGCGGGAGGAGAAAGAAGAAAAGGAGAGAGUUGCUCAGUUAGCGCGGAAUGAGGAGCUGGAAAACCAGAGACUGCUUGAGGAGCGCGAGCGCCAGAAGGAGGACCUGAAGACAGGUAUCCCUGCAGAGCCCCCUAGUGACGACCCAGAGGCCAUCCGCAUACUCCUCAAACUUCCUUCAGGCACGAGGCUAGAGAGAAGAUUCCGAAAGUCACAGUCUCUCAAGUAUUUAUAUUACUUCGUGUUCUGCCAUGCCGAAUGCCCAGAUGAUUUCCACAUUGUCACAAACUUUCCACGCAAACAGUUGCCAUGCCAACCAGAUGAUGCCAAUCCCGAGCCUCCUACAUUCGAGGAAGUUGGCUUGGGGAAGUCAGAAAUGUUGUUUGUCCAGGACAAUGAGGCUUGAGGGCCAAAACUAGAGAUACCUUUGGGGAAAAUGUCCAUUAUUGCAUUUAUUAGUGGUAAAGGAAACCAAACCCUGAUGGUGUGACUGUGAGCAGAGUAAAACUCAGUGGACACCUUCAGCUAGCGGCAAGUAGCAGUCAUGGCGGCCUGGACUUGGACAGAGAAGACAAAUGGUCGGAGGGAAAGACGUCUUGCUACGUUCUGCAGAAAUGUCUAAAAGCAUGAGACAAAGUAUUACCCACAGGAAACUGGUGUGAGAAAAUGGACAUGUACUUGCGACAGCAGGUGGCUUUAAGAAAAGUAUUUGCAACAACAAAUGGUUGUACUAGUUUAUUUUAAUUAAGUGUCCAGUAUUUACCUGGACAGUGAGGAGUUAGGAAAUGUAAGGUAUGAUUUUAAGUGACAUCAAAAGAUAGUGGAGAAAGCAAAAUUCAUCUUUAGAACAAAAUUUCUGAUUUUAACAGGAAGUAAGAGGAAGUAGAUGAUGAUGGAGAAGUGUACUAGUUUGGAAUUCAUCUCUGUUAUUUGUUCACAUGGUGAGAUUUUCAGAGAAAUGUUUACAGAAUUAUUUUCAGAGAGAGGAAAUGUAGAAGGAAGAUUGAUGCUGUAUCUGUGGCAUGCUAAUUGAA